CUCAGUUAUUAAUAUUUGCCAAUACAAGGUUGAAAGUACAACUGAAGUAGCAAAGUACUAAUUAAGAUGAAGGAGAUAAUAAAGAAGGGGGCAUGGUCACCUGAGGAAGACCAAAAAUUGACGGCUUAUAUCAUGAGAUAUGGCAUUUGGAAUUGGAACCUCAUGCCCAAAUUUGCAGGGCUUUCAAGAACAGGAAAAAGUUGUAGACUUAGAUGGAUGAAUUAUCUCCGCCCUGAUGUUAAGAGAGGGCCUUUUAGUAUGGAAGAAGUAGAAAUAGUCGUCAACAUGUAUCAGGAACUUGGAACUAGAUGGUCAGCCAUUGCUGCAAGAUUGCCAGGAAGAACAGACAACGAAGUUAAAAACUUCUUCCACACACACUUAAAGCAUCUGAAAUUGAAAAAUAUUGAUUCCCUGGUGACGUCUAGGACAAGAAGCAAAAGGGUACCGAAGAAAACCAAAGAAAAUGUGAAGAUAAAUGUCGACAAACCAUCACCUGAUGUUUCUUCAACCCCCAGUAGCAUAAUUACAUGUGAAGAAAAUCAGAUGAUGACCAUGAAUUUAUUUCAAACAUACGACGAAGGGGAUUGCUACAGCAUUAGUUCACUUGUUGAUCAACGAAUUAUUGACAUGGAAAAUAGGCCAAUUAUAAUGGAGAGCAACCCAGAAACGUCAACAUCUGAAAUAUUAUUAGAUCAUGCUACUUCCAAUUCAGUUAAGGACUCUCCCAUUUCCGUUUGUUCGAGCUUCGACUCCUUCGACCAAUACUUCGAUACGAGUUCAUCCUGGUUUGAUGUACUUUGGGAUGCCCAACAUCUUAUUUUCUGAGACAUAUUCUAUGUUAUAACUUAGAACCCAA